AUGUAUAAUGAAGAAAACUCUUCAAAUACUAAUAGUAAUCUAUCUACAGAAUUGUCUAUAGACUUUACCCAAGAUCAAACUAAUAUGAGUUUACCAAACUUAUAUAAUAAUCCAUCUAUGGAAUGGUCUACAAAAUUUAAUCAAGACCAAACUAAUAAUAAUGUUCUAACUACAGAAUUAUCUAUAGAUUUUACCCAAUAUCAAACUAAUAUAAGCUUGCCAAACACUUAUAAUAAUCCAUCCAUAGAACAGUUCACAGACUUUAGUCAAAAUCAACCUAAUAAUAAUCUUACAGAAUGGACUACAGAUACUAUAGAUUUUACUAAUAAUUCACCAUUUAUGGAAUGGGGUUCAGGCUUUACGCCAUAUCAAAUUAAUACAAAUUUGCUAAAUAUAUUCAAAAAUUCUAUUAUAGAAUUACCCGUAGGCGUUGCUCAAAAUAAUGAAGAUCAAAUUAAUCAUGAUCUAUCUAUAGAACAGACCGAAUUCUUUACCCAAGAUCAAACUAAUACAAAUUCGCUAAAUAUUCAUAAUUCAGAAAUUACUCAAUGUCAUGAAAAUAAUACUUUACAACAAUAUAAUGCAAAAUCAGUUAAAGAAAAUAAGCGCCCAGUUUCACUUGUCUCUAGGCGUAAAAAAUAUACAAGUAAGAAGUGCGAGAAAUGUAAUCUCCGAAAACCUCAUUAUGAUGAAUAUUCUAACCAAUGUAAAGAUUGUUAUCGGGCCUCAUUACGGGUCUUGAGUGAAUUUAUUCCGUAUAACCGAUUUAUUAAUAUUGAAUAUCUUGCUAAAGGAGGCUUUAGUGUAAUACAUAAAGCAACAUGGGUUGAUGGGCCUAUUGCUCGUUGGAAUCCUAAAAAGCAAAAAUAUGGCCGAAAAAGAAAUUUUGAUGUUGCUCUUAAAGUUCUUAAUAAUUCUAAUAAAAUGGAUUCUGACUAUUUAAAUGAGUUGAAAAACUUUUUUCAUUGUAUAAAAAACGAAGCUAAACGUGAUGUCAAAAAUGUCCAUCAAUAUAUUGGGAUUACGCAACAUCCCGAAACAAAAAAUUAUAUAAUAGUUAUAGAAUUUGCGCAAAAUAGGGACCUACAUCAUUUUUUAAAUAAAAACGCAAAUUCAUUAUCUUGGAUAGAAAAAUUAAAACUAUUACAGAACAUUUCAUACGGACUAGAACAUAUUCUUAAUGGUCUUCGCCCAAAAAUUCCAAUUGACAUUCCACACGAAUUAGUUAAAUCAAUAGAAAAUUGCUGGCAUCCAGAUCCGGACAAAAGAAUUAAAGACGAUUCAUAUUAUUGGGGAUUGAGUAAUCUUAGUGAAAUCAUUAAUAAAGCAGAAGGAGGAGAAAUAAAAUUUUCAGAAAAUAAAAGUGCAAUUAUUUCACCAAAUAAAAUGAACGAACAAGGAAUUUAUUCCAGCCGACCAUUAACACCGUUAAUUAGUAAAGCAUUGACUUUACAAAGUAUGAAACUAAAUAGCAACGCAAUUACAG